AUGAGACGAAUGGUGGCAGUGACCCCCAAUGGCACUCAACAAAGCGGUGCACGUUUGAUACAAUGUACCUAUGUAAAGCUAGAUCGGAUUUCGAGUGCUGCUACAAAUGACAAUACGCGGUUACACGCUGCGCAGUCUCACAUUGAUGAUACGGAUGACAGUGAUUUUGAUUUUCACGUAACACGAGCGGAGUUUCGUCGCUCCGUGAAGAAAAUGGGGCCAACGGCCGAAGGUGGCAAUGAUGAUACAACUUACGACUUUGACCACUUCAUGGAAGUAACCUCAAGUAAGGCUUAUUGA